AAUAAUACUUAGAAAUAAUAAUAAUAAUCAAUGGCGUCACUCCCCUGCAAACUGGUUGGGCAGGUGGCAUUCAAGGCAGGGGGAGAUGUGUUCAACGCCAUCUUCACCAACAACGCUCCCCACAUGACCAAAAUCACACCUUCCAAGUUCCAGUCCUGUGUCCUUCACCAGGGCUCCUUCGACACCAACGGCUCCAUUCUCGAGUGGAAAUACACUCUAGAUGGGAAAGAGGGGUCCUGCAAGCAAGUGAUAGAGAACCUAGACAAGGAGAAGAGGCAGCUGACCUACAAAUUCAUCGACGGGGAUCUCUUGGAGCUCUACAAGACCUUCUCCGCCAGCUUCCACGUCGAAACCAAAAAUGGCGUCGACUACGUCACUUGGACCCUCGAUUACGAGCUCCUCAAGCCCGACAAUCCCCACCCCGUCUCCGUCCUCAACUUCGUCAUUGGAUUCACCACCGACAUCGAGGCUCAUAUAUUCGGCGCAUAAUAUAUAUAUAUAUAUAUAUGCAUGCAUGGAACCAUUCAGUAGUAUUCCCCCUCACUCUAUAUAUAUAUAUAUAUAUAUAUAUGUUUUCAUUAAUUAUGAAUUUCCUAUGUAUGGAAUAAUUUAUGUGUGUUUGUGAUGAAAUAUGCCCUACGUACGUGUAUGUGUGUUGCCUUGAAUAAUUUUCAAAUAAGACGUGACUUAAUUUGUUCA